CGCUGACAGUUACUGCGUUGCGUAUUUGGUUGUUUCUUCAUUGUGCUUCAUACCAAAUAACUUCUAUAUUGUGUCAUUUUCAUACCAUACCAAAGCAGCGCAUGGAAGAAGGCAGUAUUUACUUUUUUCUACGGGUAUUUGUUUUUUUUUUUUUCUUUUUUCAGAUCAUCCUAUUUCAUGGCUGUUCAAUCAUAGUCAAGACGCAAGAAGCUAAGGGUAGAUGCAUUCAUCUCAAAUACACGUUACUUUCCAUCAUGUGCUUACCUCAUUCGGUCAUGGCUCGUCUUUUUAUUCCCCUUCUGAAUGUGUACUUGUUGGUUAGAUGAAAUAUUCAAGGGUUUUCUCAUCUAAAUCUUCUCGGAAGUGCUGCUUUGUACAUUACAUACAAUACAUCACAUGAUCACUUUACCAUUACUAUCUAACGUUG